UUUUUUUUUUAUUUCUACAACUUAACACGCCUUGUUAAUAGAAUAAAUUUUUAUCAUGGCUUCUGAAGAUUAUUUCAAUGUGCCCAUCUUUUUCAUUCUUUUUCGUGAAACUACUGAAGCCUCUAUUAUUGUCUCGGUUCUCUUAUCGUUCCUGAAAAUGACCUUUGACAAUGAUUCUCUUCUUUUCAAACGUUUACGGAAACACGUCUGGCUUGGUGCUGUCUUAGGUUUAGUAAUCUGUCUUUGUAUUGGUGCUGCCUUUAUUGCUGUUUGGUAUACUGUUUUGACUAAUCUAUGGGGUGAUGCUGAACUAAUCUGGGAAGGUGCCUUUAGUUUGAUUGCUACUAUUAUGAUUACCGCCAUGGGUCUCGCUUUCCUCAAGGCUGAAAAACUUCAAGAUAAAUGGAAGAUCAAAUUGGCCAAAGCAAUGGAAGUUGGACAAAAAGGAAAAAGACAAAGUUUCAAACAUUGGAUGCAAAAAUAUUCCUUCUUCUUAUUACCCUUCAUCACUAUUUUACGUGAAGGACUUGAAGCUGUAGUCUUUAUUGGUGGUGUCUCAUUAAAUGUUCAAGCCAAAUCAAUUCCUAUUGCUGCUAUUACUGGUUUCCUUGCUGGAUCUUGUGUAGGUUUAAUUAUUUAUCGUGGUGGUUCCAUGUUACAAUUACGUUGGUUUUUUAUCUUUUCUACUGUGAUUCUCUAUUUGGUGGCUGCUGGUUUGAUGUCCAAAGCGGUUGGUUUCUUUGAACAAUAUCAAUGGAAUAAAGUCAUCGGUGGUGAAUCCGCUGAAGAAGGCGGUAAAGCGAUUCCCUAUAAAGUGACUACUUCUGUAUGGCAUGUAUCUUGGGGUAAUCCUGAAAAUUAUACUGGCUCUACAGGUGGAUAUCAAAUCUUCAAUUCUAUUCUUGGAUGGAACAACACUGCAACUAUUGGUACCAUUGUUAGUUAUUGUCUUUAUUGGAUUCUUAUUUCUUUUUAUUUGGUUUACCUCUUCUUCAAACAACGCCAUACUGCUAUUGCUAAAGCUGAACGAGGUGAAUUCUACGAAGAAGAAGAUGCCGAUGCGGCCUUACAACAUGCGAAAAAGUUUGUCAAUCAGGACGGGGUUAUCUUGGGUACUGAUGAAGUUACAACUGAUGGUGAAUUGGAUGAAAAGGUGGCGGACCCGGAAAUCGGUUUGGAACAUGAAAAACAAGUGGUGGAACCAACGAAAUAAAAACGACAUUUUGUUUCUUUUUAGUUAGUCCUCUUCUCACACAUCAUCAUCAUUAUUAUUGUUAUUAUUUUCAAUCAUUAUUUUUCUAUUCUUCUUGACUCUUCAUAUUUAUUAUUGUAUAUUUACUUUGUUUUAUUACUUGUAUUUCAAUAAAUUGAAUCUUACCAUUUUUUUAUCUUUUGGUCUUUCCGAUUUUCACCGUUCCGGACAUCAAAUCAAAAAAAAAAAAAAAAA